GCUGGCUUUGACUUUUCUGUUUGUUGCAAAGAUUAAAAAUGCAUUGUGGAUUGGAGAAGGAACGAAGCAAACCAAAAAUGGGAACAAAAUGUUGCAAACUAAACAUUACUGUCAUCAUGCUGGGCAUCAUCAGUUUUGCUGUUCCAGUUGGAGGAUUUUCCCUGAAGACUUGCAGAAUCAGCUAUAAUACUGCCAUAUGUAGUGGGAGUAAACUCAGUGCUGUUCCUGGAGAUAUUCCUUCAACCGUGACGGGCCUUGAUUUAUCUAAAAACAAAAUUUCAACAAUUCACGCAUCAGACUUCAGAGAUCUGCUAAAUUUGAUACAAUUAGACCUGAAUAUCAACAGCAUAUCACAGAUAGAUAGCGGUACUUUUUCCAGUCUGAUUUCCCUUCAGACUUUAAAUCUAAAUAGUAACAAACUUGUUACUCUAGGAGAGAAUGUCUUUGAUGGCUUGAGUCAUCUUAUUGAACUAAGAAGGAGUUGGAAUCGCAUCAAACAAGUGGCAUCCACAUCUUUUAAGUCCAUGACAAGUUUAAAGCUUCUGGACAUUUCUCAUAAUACACUGCACCACAUUACACAGGUUCAAAUGAUAUUGCAGCAUCUGCCACAUCUACGUGUGCUGGUAAUUAGUAACAAUGCUUUAACCACUUUUAAUUCAUUUGAACUGACAAACACAUCAGUAGAACUUCAGUCCCUUGAUUUGUCUCAAAACCCCCUCACAGUCUUUAGGAUCACUGCCGAUGUUUUUCCAAGUCUCACCUGGUUUAAAAUUUCCGGCUCAUCCAAAAAGGAACAAAUGAAAUGGGAUGUGCAAAACAAGACUUUUCUGAGUCGUGUGUCUACACUUGAUAUUAGCGGGCUUCAUUUGGCUCACAGGGACAUGGAAACAUUGCUAGAGUCAGUGAACUCAUCGCUCACUAUUCUGAGGAUGAAUGCAAUGAUUCAUAACCUGAGCACACUGAUCAACAUUUCCUGCACCAUCCCAACAAUGACGACUCUCCAACUUCGAAGCAACAGGCUUAAUUUUGUCAGUGCACAUUUGUUUAAAUUGUGCAUUAAUGUAACUGAGUUGGAUUUGACAGACAAUCAAAUAAAAAACAUCCAUGAUGAUGCUUUCAGAUCCCUUCAAAAUUUAAGCAUUUUGAGCCUGAGUAACAACAGGCUUCCACUGGUUCCAGCUGCGACGAGGAAUAUACCGACUCUUUCAGAGCUGGAUCUCAGCACCAAUAACAUCGGCACACUGGAUUGUCAGGAUUUCACCAAUCAGACAAAGCUCAAAAAGCUUUAUCUUUAUCAGAAUUCAAUCUCAGCUCUGCAAGCUUGUCUUUUCAAGGAUUUAAAACGAUUGCAAACUCUAAAACUACAGAUAAACCAAAUAACCAAGUUAAACUGUGCUUUCAAAGAAUAUUUGCCAAACCUUAGACACCUGUAUUUAAAUGGGAACAAACUCACUGCCAUUAAAAAGGAGGAAUUUAAAGGCUUGCACUCCCUCCAGAAUUUGUCAUUACACCAAAAUCAAAUAGAUACACUUGAUCCUCAGAGUUUCAUUGGACUGACAAAUCUUACCAACAUUCAGCUACAAAAGAAUUCUAUUUCACAAGAUGAACUGAACAAAGGUGCUUUCCAUACUCUGAUUAGUUUAAAGACAUUGGAUUUGAGUGAAAAUCACAUCACUUACAAGAAAAGUAAACCUUUGUCUGAUCCACCAUUUUCUAAUCUGUCCCAUCUGGAGGAACUGCUUAUUACUUCACAGCACCGCAGGCUGCAUUAUUAUCUGCCAGCCAACUUCUUGCAAGGUUUGACAAAUCUUUUGAGUUUCAAAGCCAAAAAUAUCCGAGUUCGUUCUUUGGGCAAAGACACCUUUGUUUACACGCCACAGCUGCAAGUUCUUGAACUUUCUUCAAAUGAACUUAAAGAACUCUCUCCAGAUCUGUUUUUCCCAAUUCCAAACCUUAGAAGCCUUUACAUAUCCAGGACAAGUCUUUACUAUCUAGACUUCCUUAAAGAUGCCAACCUGACAAAGCUGGAGUUCCUGCAGGCGAGACAGAAUUUAUAUUCAGUUAUCCACAAAGAAGACAUAACACCCCUAACAGCUCUGAUUUAUCUGGAUCUUCAGGGCAAUGGGUUCACAUGUAACUGUGAUAACAGCUGGUUCCUCCAGUGGGCAAAAAACAACAACAAAACUCAAGUUUUUGAUGCCUAUAACUUUAUGUGCAACGAUCCAAAAGAACUCAAAGGUACAAUGCUGUUGGACUUUGACACCCACUUCUGCUCAGCUGAGCCUGGCUUCCUUUGCUUUGUCUUCACCACAUGUGCAAUCCUCUGUUUCAUGGUGGUGUCCCUCACCUACCAUUUCAUGAGGUUGCAGCUGGUCUAUGCCUAUUACCUGUUUGUGGCUUGGCUCUUUGACAAAAAGCACAAAAACAAGAAAAGUCCUCAUCAGUAUGACGCUUUCAUCUCCUAUAACACCCACGAUGAGCCUUGGGUCAUUGAAGAGCUGUUACCCAAACUGGAAGGGGAACAGGGCUGGAGACUGUGCCUACACCAUCGAGACUUUGAACCAGGGAAACCUAUCAUAGAUAACAUCACAGAUGCAAUUUAUGGAAGCAGGAAGACCAUUUGUGUGAUCAGUCAAAAAUACCUUGAGAGUGAGUGGUGUUCCAGAGAGAUCCAGGCAGCCAGUUUCCGUCUUUUCGACGAGAAGAAGGACGUGCUCAUCCUGGUAUUCCUGAAGGAGAUUCCCAGCUAUCUGCUGUCUCCUUACCACCGCAUGAGGAAGAUGCUGAAGAAGAAAACCUACCUGAGCUGGCCGCGAGCCGGAGAACACACUGAGCUGUUCUGGGAGAAACUCCGGCAGGCGCUGGAGACCAAAGAUCUGGAAGAGGAGUCGUUACUUCUCGCUGUGUCAAAUACGGCGUGAAGGAAAACUUUGUUUCCUCAGCAGUGGACUAACCUAAAUUUUUCACAUUUAUGCAACUUUUUCUCAGCGUGUCAAAGAAGCAUUUAUGACCCAGAAAUAUAUGCAUGUUAGCUAAGAUUAUAGGCUUUGAUUUUAUUCAAAUUUUUCUGUCAGUUAUUCUGUAGGAAUAAGUUAUAAUGUUCAGAUGUCUCAAAAUAUUUUUCAAAUAUUACACACUUACAAACUUAAUCAGAAGCAGGGAAGCAAGAAAGGAUGAAAAAAGGAUUUUUGUUGAUCAAAGUAUUGCAAAGUCACUGUGUUAAUCCGUUAAAAUACUGUACAUCAUAAUUCACUCAAACAUACCUCAAGUCUUUUUGUAUUGCUGAAACAAAGAAAUUGUGUUUUACAAGCAGUAACAGACAAAAGUUAUCGGCUAAAUUAUCUUUUUUAAACACGUUUUUUAAUAUUUUUCCCAGUUUUGGGUUUGUUUAAUCUCUUAUUACUCUCCCUGCAUUUCUGAUUUCUCAUUCAAAGCACCCCAGAAUAUUUUUAUUCUAACUACAUCAAACUAAAUCUUUUCUUUUUUUGUGACUGUAUAUUUGGAGUAUCAUAAAUCUUGAUGUUAAACCUUGGAAACCCAAAGGCCUCAGUCAUUGCAAGCAGCCUUGUGAUCUCUUGACUAUGAAAAAUAAAGGAUAAUAAUAAAAUAACUCUUUUUGAGUAAUUGUGUAAGUAGGCUACUUAAGGUGGGAUAUAAAGGUGAAGAUUUUUUUUUUAAGAGAUCUAACCUCAUUUGCUGAUCAUUA